GUCGCGCUUCCCAGCAGAGCUGCCCUCAGAUAGCUAGGGGCCAGGGGGCGCCCGAAGUGGGUUUAAGAUUUCCCCUCUCCCAUCUGCGAACUUUUCAAGGGAGAAACUGGAUUUGUGAGUUCGUCCUGCAGUGAUUGAUGUGUUUUAAGCCACAAGACAGUCAUGCCGUAGAAUGAGAAUCAAAAAAUGGAACCUUUUCUCAAGAACUUCAAGGUUUAGGAUUUACUUGUCUUUGGUUCAAGGACAGAAGAACCAGACAAUCCAUACAGCACCAGAUCAUUACUUCAGAAUUCCUGAAACUUCUCAUAGGAUUGCAAGAAAAUUGAGGGUUCCGACUGUACUUCUAGUCCAGGGGAGAGUGAGGACUGCAGCCAAAGCCUCAUCAGAAAAUAUAUACUUCACAGAACACCUCACAGCUGAACUAAAUACAGGUUUACUAUUUGUGCCUGUCUCAUCUUACCUACCUCACUUCCUUUCUGGUUGGAAAUGAAAAUUGGGAACCAAUAGAAUAAAAUCUGGCGACUUGGAAAUGGUCCAACUGUAGUGAUGAGUUUGACAACUUCACACCACGGGAAUCUCACCUGUGCCUCAAUAAACACAGAUUAUCAGCUCUCAGCUAGAGAUUGCCUAAGAAGCUGGGACUUGGAAGACUAAAAAAGCAAAGCAAAAGAAACAGAGGGGAACGUCCUUACAAGUGCUUGCAGCAAGGCUGUGCAAAAGGGUUCAUUUCCAAAUAUAAGCUCAUCAGGCACAUGGCCACCCAUUCACCACAGAAAUCCCAUCAGUGUGUUCACUGUGAGAAGACAUUCCACCGCAAAGACCACCUAAAGAAUCAUCUUCAGACUCAUGAUCCCAACAAAAUGGCCUUUGGGUGUGAUGAGUGUGGAAAGAAGUACAACACCAAGCUUGGUUACAAGCGGCAUUUGGCUCUACAUGCAGCCAGCAGCGGAGACCUCACAUGCCGGGUUUGUGCCCUAGAGCUUGGGAGCACCGAGGUAUUACUGGAUCAUCUCAAAGCCCACACGGGGGGAAAGCCCCCUAAUGGAGCCAAGGAAAAGAAGCAUCAGUGUGACCAUUGUGAGAGAUGCUUCUAUACUCGGAAGGAUGUUCGGCGCCACCUGGUAGUCCACACAGGCUGCAAAGACUUCCUGUGUCAGUUCUGUGCCCAACGAUUUGGGCGAAAAGACCAUCUUACUCGACACACCAAGAAAACGCACUCACAGGAGCUGAUGAAAGACCAGAUGCAAAAUGGAGACCUGCUGGGCUCACUUAAUGCACAUUCUCCUCCAUUUCAGCUCAAAGAAGGAACUGCUGCAUUGUCCCCUUUUCCUUUAGGUGUCUGUGUACAGAACAACGGGUUUGGGAAUAGCUUACAGGCAGAUGUACAAGACAGCACACCUGGUCCCUAUGAACAAAGCCUACAGCACUCACAACCGCUUCCCGAUUCUUUAGCAGCCAUCCAGCCUUCAGCAUCUCCAAGCUCACCUUCUUGUAACCUUCAGCAUCCCGAAUAUGACCUAAGCUCUACCUCAUACUCCCCACUCACCCACCCCAAAAAUCUACCCCUCAAAACAAGUUCAAAGGGAUUCUGCAAUAUGAACCUCCUUGAGGAACUGUCUUUGCAAGAGCCUCACUUAGCACCCAGAAUUAGUCCAGACCUUGAUCCAGCUAAGGGGGUUGCAGACAGAUUAAAUGUUCACAAGGAAAUAGCAAUGCCUACUGAUGCUAUGAACAGGGCGUCAUCAUCACCUGCCUCUCUGGAUAUCUCCCACCUCCUGGGGUUUUGGCAGCUGCCUCCCUCUCUCACCCAAAAUGUCCAUGGGAACAGUCCUAUGGCAUUGGGACAUAGGGAAUCACUACCCCAUAGACUCAGCUGUUUGGGACAACAGCAACAAGAACCACAGCUAGCCAUGGGCAGUGUCACUCUCAAUCAGCUCCAUCUUCCUCACAUUCCUCAUACUUUCCCUGCCAGCCCCAGCUCUACUAUCCUGCCUCAUUUUCACCAUGCAUUCAGAUGACUUCUAUUUUAAGAGUAAUUUUCUGUCAUAGAAAACUUUUUAAACAGUAAAGCCAUGUGUUUUAAAGGCCAGGUAUAAUGCAAGAAUAGAAAAACAGGAUUGUCUGCAUGAAGGCAACUGGCUUCCUAUCAUAAAAUUCUGAAAAACACACAUAAAACCAACCAACUGCAUGUAUUGUGCCAAUUUGCCGUGAGUGUUCAUGCUUUGUACCAAAUUUUAUAGUAAGUGAGUAUUCUAUAGUAGAACUGCAAAUACUGCCAUGAUGGACAUAUAAAAUGAGGGCUGCUACAUAGGUUUGGGUCAAGGGGAAAUUAAUUUUAAGCCAUGCAUCAUCGUAAAAAUGAUAUAUAAACAGUGACGAUUUUUAUAUGGCCUCUAGGUGGACCACUACAUGAACAAGGGCCCUACCUAGUAAAUGAACUUUGGGAAACUUCUGAUUUCUUCAAGAUGAGAAGAUGUAUUGUUUCUUUUUCUUUUAAUAAAAAUAAAAUACCUUUUUAUGGGGGAUUAAAUUUAACUAGGCUGUGGACUUCAGUCUACUUCAGCAGUUCAGGGAUUUUCUGUCUUCAGGGUUGGAAAUAGCUUAGUUACUACUGCCAUAGCAAAAUGAAAGUCUUAAAAAAAAAAAAAACAGCUUCUUAUAGAAAGUGUUUUUUAAAAAAUUAUUUAGUUUUCAUUUUCAACAGAAUGGCAAGGAUGGUUUGACGACUCCCCUAGUUUCUCUUAAAGGCCUAGAUGAUUAUUUAGACAAAUUCAGCAGGAAAAGUCCCUGUGGGUUGAUCCUUGGUUAGAACUUAUGAUGUGUGCAAAUAAUGCACAGGUCAAUCAAGAAAGACAUUUGUUGAUUUCAAGAAUUAUUAUUAUUUCAGUAGGUUUAUGAGAUUACUUUGUCUCAAAGAAAACCCCUUGUUGAAGAUUUUUAUUUGAUAAAUUUGGCUUUAAAUAUUAUUGUACUUAGGAUCCGAAAUGCUGUUUUUCAACACAUAAUAAAUGCAAUAUUUUUCAAUUCCUAAAAAA